UCGUUAUUAUAUUUCUCAAUUUUCUUACCAAACAAUAAUUAUUAAAGAUUACUUCUUGACAGGAGCCUAAAAGCCUUAAGAAGAUAAACGGAGUAAGACGAAUAACACCAUAACCUCAAAUUAAUUUCUGUUAUAGUACCAGAGUGGGGUAUAAUGUUUUGUGUUUUGUAUUCUCUAUAAUCAUAAAUAUUAACUAACUGUCACUAACAGUUAGAACUAUACGAAGUAAAUAUGUCUCGUUCAACUCGAUUUGAUCCAAAAAAAGUGAAUUCCGAAUUGGUUACACUUACAUAUGGCUCGCUUGUGGCCCAAAUGGUCAAAGACAUGGAUAAUCCAGAUGAUGUAAGCAAACAGCUGGAAAGAAUUGGUUAUAACAUGGGUAUUAGGCUGAUUGAAGACUUCCUCUCUAAAACCAGUACUGGUCGCUGUUUAGAUUUAAAAGAUACCGCGGAUAAAAUUCAAGCUGCUUUUAAAUUAUACUUAGGUGUUCAGCCCAAUGUAGUAAAUUGGAGCCCGGCAGGAGAUGAAUUUUCAUUUAUUUUGGAUAGUAACCCAUUUACAGAAUUAAUAGAACUUCCAGAAGAUUUAAAACAAUUGAAAUAUUGCAACAUUAUCUGUGGGGCAAUUCGCGGAGCUCUUGAAAUGGUUCAGUUGGAAGUUCAAAGCUGGAUAAUUCAGGAUCAACUUAAAGGUGAUCAAAAUACUGAAAUUAGGGUAAAAUUCAUAAGAAGACUGGAGGAUGCAAUGCCUGCGGGUGAAGAUUGAAUGCAAUUUUUUUUGUAACUAAAUAUUAAGUACAUAUUUCUAUACAGCAAUCACAUAAUAAAAAAUAGUUUUACUUGUCAUCAGCUCCAUUUUUUCGAAAAUUACCAUAAUUUAAUAAGCCUUUAUUAAAUGUAUAGGGUGUUAUCAUAAAUAUUUAAAUUUGUGAUAGUGCUCUGUGUUGCAGGAAUAUGUAAAAUAGGAAAACUAGCUAGGUUGAUUUUUUUUACUUUUUACAAUUUUAUCUAGAUAAUUAUUUGCAAUUUGCAUUACAAUUAUCCACAAAUCCAAAAUCUUCAUCACAAAAAAGAAAAUCUUAAUAUUUAAUGCAGUAGAAAAACUAAAAAUUAAUUUUCACUUAGAUUUCUGGACCUAACUAAAUUUAGGCAAAUAUUAAUGUUUGUAUAUAAAAUAGAUAAGUUGAGAAAGCUCCUACAGCCUAAGGGACUGUUUUAAAUUCCUAAGCAAAGCUUAUUCCUGCAGUGAUAGAAUAUUUUUGCAACCACAAGCAUACAUUAUUUGUAGUAGCAGAAUAAUAUAUUAUGCAACAAGUGCGGUAAACGGCAUUUGGCUCACAAGUGUUUAAUAAAUGAGCGAAUAAAAAAGUUUACCCAACCUGUUGCUACUAUACUUUUUCUACGACCGUUAGUUUUUGCGUACAUUUUCGCAAAACAACACGAAUACAGGCUUGUCAGAAUUGACAAGCCUCAAAAUUAACGGCGUGGGAAAUUUCUCCGAAUAUAUCCGAUUGCUCCCAAACCCCUGCGGUAAAAUCCCGGAAAUGUCCGAAGUGGCUCGGAUCCGUGGGAAACGAAACUGACUUGGUAAAGUGACGCUUCCCGCACGGUACAUCGGUGUGUAAUUAGGUAUUUUACAGACGGGAGUAGAGAAAACUGUUUACCUACGCUCAAGCCAGCAUUUCCAUUGUAGUAGAAUUUACUCAAGUUUUCUUUACUGUUAGUAGUUACUUAAUUUAUUUAGCAAAAUUUAUUUCGACUAGUAAAGAUUUCUAUAUAUAUUGAGCAUUAUUAUUGUUAUUAUUAUUAUUAUUAUUAUUAUUAUUAUUAUUAUAUAUUUAGCAUUUUGUAUGUGAUUCUUUGUAAUACAAAAAAUAUUUUGAGCUGUUUUAAAUUAAUAAAUAAAUAUUUCACUGUGAUGGUCAAUAAUACAUACAUCUUUGUAACUGUCAUUGAAAUCAUCUUUUAAUAUUUGAUUGAAUUAUAGUACAAUAUACGUUUUGAAAACACUAAUAUUUUGCUGACAUAAUAAAGGCAGGGAAGAUUUAAUGUUUUAUUUACCAUAGGUACCUUAAAUCUGUAAAAUGUUCAAAGCACUUAAUUACUAUUAUGACAGUUUUUAUACAGAAAGGGAUUCGAACAUCCACUUCACGAUCAAAAUAAGGAAGUUGAUUCUUGACAAGGAAGCUAAAAAGGGUAAAUUAAAACAAGAAACUUUUGAAUUCAACUUUUUCAUAUUGAUUAUAACAACAGAUCACAGUGAUGGUUUAGUAGUUAGAUAUUGCUUGCCCAAAGUACAAAACUUUCUGGCUCCAUCUAAACUGUACUUGUUUUUCAGUUCAGUUUUGGUUAGUUUUCGAAAUUAAAAUUGUGCUUUUCCUAAGAGUUUAUUAAAUUUACGGGUUUUAUUUGAUCCGGUGUUUUGUGUGAGCCUACAACUUUAAAUAUCCUCCGAAUUAUGAAGCAUUGCAAUUUAUCACCCAAUGUUUUUUUCGAGGUCAAAUAAAAACAGAAAAUGCAUAUUAAGGGUCAAAAAAUACCUGCUUGGUAUUUCGAUUAUUACGUCACUUAAUUACUGCCACAUAACAGGGGCUACACGUCAGCUUUGUAACUUUCGGUCGCGAGCUACUGCGGACAUUUCCGAUACUUUAGUCAUGGGUUUGGGAGUGAUCAGAUCUUUUCGGUAGAUUUUAGCUGUGCCAUUUUGAACUUUGUCAGUUCUGACGGUCACGCCACAAGUCAUUUAGUGAAUGUAUUGACGGUGGUUUGCAAAAAUCUACCGAAAUAGACGAUGGCUCCCAAACACUUUAAAAUGCUACUUUCCUCACCCUUGAU